CUAACCACCACACAGCACAUCCCAUAAAGCCGCCAACAUGGGAAAGGGAAAGCCGAGAGGUCUCAACGCCGCGCGCAAGCUGCGCAACCAUCGCCGUGAGGGAAAGUGGGCCGACCUUCACUACAAGAAGCGCCUCCUCGGAACCGCCUACAAGUCCUCGCCCUUCGGUGGCUCCUCGCACGCAAAGGGCAUCGUCCUCGAGAAGGUCGGUGUUGAGGCCAAGCAGCCCAACUCCGCCAUUCGGAAGUGCGUCAGGGUCCAGUUGAUCAAGAACGGAAAGAAGGUCACUGCUUUCGUCCCCAACGACGGUUGCUUGAACUUCGUGGACGAGAACGACGAAGUCCUCCUCGCCGGUUUCGGUCGCAAGGGCAAGGCCAAGGGUGAUAUUCCCGGUGUUCGUUUCAAGGUCGUCAAGGUUUCCGGUGUCGGUCUGUCUGCGCUGUGGAAGGAGAAGAAGGAGAAGCCCAGGUCAUAAGUGUAGGGCGAGGCGAACGGAUCAACAAUCAACAUGGACCAGCCAGAGCCGAGCUCGGUCAUUAGUGCCUGAGGGAAUAGAUGAUGGUAUCAUGAACGGCCACAUGGAGUCGGGUCUUUGGGAGCUUAUAUGCGUUUACUCUUCCGGCAUGGCAAAAUUUCAUGAUUGGCUUGUAAAGGUUAGAUAGAGAAUCUGACCUGCUCGGCCGCCCACACAUGGCUUCUGGUUUCUGAUGAUCGUUGUGUACAUCAGAUUUCCUAAGCGGAUGACGACUAUGCGCACUGUUACCAUCCAGAAGUUCACUAGUCCCGAGGAGGCGUUGCUCAUCAUCAUACUGUCCGUUUGCUUCAGACGGGAGUAUUCGUUGGAGACAGGAAAUCCAGAAGCAGCCAGGAGUCCGACCAAAACAGGGUAUACCAUCGCCCAACUCCAUGCUAAAUAUGCAAUAAU